AUGAGAGUUACUCCGGUAACUGGUGUCGGUAGAGCUUUUAAGUCGAGAAAGCUUAUGCCACAUUUUAUUGGUCCGUAUCAGAUUUCAAAGAGGAUAGGUGAGGUGACUUAUCGGAUUGCUUUGCCGUCGUCGUUUGCAAAUCUUCAUGAUGUGUUUCAUGUAUCUCUAUUGAGGAGAUAUGUUCCAGAUCUAUCGCAUGUGAUUCAAAUGGAUGAUGUACGAGUGAAAGAUAACCUGACUAUUGAAGCGUCACCAGUGCGAAUAGAAGGACGGGAGGUGAAACAAUUGCGAGGUAAAGAGAUUGCCUUAGUGAAGGUGAUGUGGGGUGGACCAUCAGGUGAAAGUCUGACGUGGGAGCGAGAGGACCAUAUGAGAGAGAGUCAUCCGUUUUUUGUUUCAGUCAUGUAA